AUGCCGCCUCCUAGCAGGGGCCAGCCAAUCCCUCCACAGCGGCGUCAGCGCGCCGCCAUCGGCGCUGACGCGCAAGCCGCACGCGAUCAGCAGCAGCUUGCGGCUGGCGGCGUGGCCAUGGACCGCAAGGCCUUUACCGCGAGGCUGGUGCAGGAGAUCAGGCAGAUGGAGGGGCGGCAGGCAGGCCGGGGCGAGCGGGAGCUGGCUGACUCUGCGUGGCGGAAGCUUCAGUACGACUUCCCAUUGGUAGCGGGCGACGAGCUGGCGGCACUGCUGGCGGUGUUCAGGCGAUCGCUGCAAGGCAAGGGCGGGUGGCCGCCCUACCAGCUCACGCGAAUCUUUAUUGACAACAUCACCAGCGGCGCCAGGUCCCCCGCGCCGUCAGCAGCGCCGGCGACGGCGGCCGCGGCGGCAGCUGCGGGCAGCAGCGAGAGCGCCCUUGGCGGGCCGCCCGCUGAUGCAGCAGGGGCGCCGGGCGCCGCACCUGCGGCGGAGGCGUCCCUACAGGUCGCCCCCGGCGCGCCCGCGCCGGGCGGCGCGGCGUUGCGGCUGCAGCAGCGGCAACUGCACCAGCGGCUGUGCGCUGCAGUGCUGCUGCUCCUCCUGGGGAAGCUCGUCGCUGCGCCAGAGCGGGAAGCAUGGCGCCACCUCGCAGCGUACGAGCUUGAGGCCCCUGGGCCCACAGGAGCGGGUGAUAACAACGAUGACGAGGCGGCGGCAAUUAGUAGCACAGGCGCAGCGGACGACAGGGUCGCGGCGGCGCUCGCGCAGAUGCAGCGGCGGCACGGGCAGCAGCGGGGCGCAGCGGGCGGCGCGGCGCGGCCGGCCGAGGUUGCUGAGGCAGAGGUCGUCGUGGAGGCCGAGGUUCAGGACGGCGACGACGAGGCGUACGAGGAUAUCGAGCCGCCGCCGUGCCCGGGCGUUUUGGGGCCAAACGGCCUGGGCAGGGGCGCGCCGGGCGGCAGUCUGGGCUGGGGCGGGCAGGCAGAGGCAGCUUGCGAGCGUGAUUACGAGUGGCCGGCGCUGCGGGGGCGGCUGUUGGACCUGGGCUCGCGACUGGACUACUCUGUACUGUCGGACGGCGGUGUAUGGGUCCCCAGCAGCAGCGACGGCGGCGGCGCGGGCGCCGGCGCCGAGUUGUUCGGCCUGCUGCGCGCGCUGGGCGUGCACCCGCGCGCCGACGAGCUCGCUCCGCUGCAGCACUCGGCGGUGGCGGUCGUGGUGGAGCGCGUCGCCGCGGAGCCACAUGAGAUGCAGCUGCUGCCGCAGCUUUGGGAGGCGCUGGGGGUCGCCGGCGCGGCGGGCGCGGCGGCCGGGUCGGGCGGGCCGCUGUCGGCCGAGGCGCUCGCCGCGCUGGGCGCCGCGGCAGCGCUGCGCCAGCGGCUGCCCGGCGCCGGCGCACGCGGGCGGCUGCGGGCGGCGGUGCACGCGCACCUGCUGCCGCUUAUGGAGCGCUCGCUCGAGCUGCUAGGCUACGGCCACGGCGGCGGCGGCGGCGGCCUUCUAAAGGCCACGCCUGGGCCUGGUGCGGGCGGUGCGGAAGGCGAGCGGUUGGCGCAGGCGCUCGUGCUUUCGUAUCUGUGUGAAGCGUACGUUUUGGACCGCCCCCGCGGCUGCGACGCGGGCGCGGCGCUGGCGAGCAGCGGCGUGCUGCGGAGCCUGGUGCAGCUGUUUGUGGCGCACGCGGCGACGCCGGCGGCCGAGCCGAUCAGGCGCGCGCUGCUGCUGGCGUGCGCAUCGUCAUCCCACGCGUGCGAUUGGGCGCUCGCCGUGCCCGCCUGCCGCCAAGCCCUGGAGCUGUCGGCUUUUGAGGCUGGGGCCGCUUUGGAGGCGCACGGAGCUGCGUGGCAGCUGCUGACCAGCGGCGGCAGCAGCGCAGUGGCAGAGGCGGUGCUGUCAGGGGCCGCGGCGCCCGACGCGGCGCCCGCCGCCCUGGCGCGCGCACACGCACUGCUGCAGCUGGUGGCAGACGCCCGCGCGGCAGCCCGCGACAGCGGCCGGGGGGUGGUCCUGCCGGGCUCGGCCCUGGAGGCCGCGCUACGGCGCCUCGCGGCGGCGCUGCGGGAGGCUUCCAGCAGCGGCGGUGGGCCGCAGCGGCGGCCGUCUAGUGGCUGCGAUGAUGGGCGCGAGGGCCGCGGCGGGGGCGACGGCGAGGCGCAUGAUGAUGAGGAUGAUGAGGGGCAGAAGGAGAAGAGGCUCGGAGGCGUUCCGCGCGGAGACCUUGACCAGCGGCUCGCGCGGCAGCUGCACCCGGCCUGCCUCAAACUGCUGAAACAGCUCCUCGCGCCGCCGGCCGCUGGCGGCGGUGGUGGCGGCAAGACCGACUGA